ACACAUGAACUUUACAACUACCUGGGUACACUACAGUUUUCAGGAUCCUUUGACGCGGUGACUUGUUCACCCAAGCAACUAGGCCUAUUCGUUGAUGGAACGAGUUUAUAUUGGAAUGCUGGAAAACUAUUCGUGCCUUGUUAGUGAGUGUAGAUUGACCUAGCGCGCAGUAGUUUUGGAUAUCAUGGCCGUUGAUAAUCAGACUGUUGUGUACAUUUCAGAACAGAUAGUUAUUUUGAUUUCGUGUGCCCUGUCUUUUUUGGGCUCUUUACUUAUAAUCUGUACGUACAUCAUUUGGCCAGAUUUGAGGACAACGCCGAGAACACUUCUGGUCUACUUGUCCGUGGCUGACUUUUUGUCUGCGGGCUCGUACGCAUACGGAGUUUGGAGUGUCUUUGAAUCAAACUCUGUGGAUUGCGUCGUUCAAGGAGCGAUAUCUACUUUCGCCAACACAAGUUCGUUUUUCUGGACUGUCGCUAUCGCUAUAUAUCUGUACAUUUUAAUCGUCAAGUCGAAUCAAAGACAAGCUGACAGCUUCGUGUUAUGUUUUCACGUUAUCAGCUGGGGCAUCCCUCUAGGUAUCACAGUAGCAGCUCUGUCACUGGGCCGUAUUGGCUACGAUGCAUCGGAGGUGUCUGUGGGCUGGUGCUGGGUGAGUAUCCAGGCUCCAGACCAUGUCCUGUGGAUGCUGCUCACUGGGAAGAUAUGGGAGUUCCUGGCCUAUCUCACCCUCCCCGUUCUCUAUGUCCUCAUCAAGAAGCACAUCCACAGAGCGCAUGCGGCUCUGUCUGAGUACCGGCCCAUCCUGGCCUGCAGUCCUCAGUCCCUUUCCAAUAUGGCCGACAGGAAGUUGACCCUUAUCCCCAUCAUCUUCAUCGCCCUGCGAAUCUGGAGCACCGUGCGCUUCCUGCUGAUGCUGGCGGACUCCCCCGCCAGGCAGAACCCUGUGCUCGUCACUCUACAUGGCAUUGGGAAUACCUUCCAGGGAGCUGCAAACUGUAUCAUGUUUGUCCUGUUCACCCAGCCAAUCCGCUCCCGUCUCCUCACCAUGCUCUGCUGCUGCUCCUGCAGGGUCGGSUCUGGGGCCUCCCUCAUACCUUCCAACACACCCAGCCACAGUGGUUUGGUCCUGGAUGUGGAGACCCCCUCACAACCAGAGGACAUCCCCAAUAGCAGCCCUCGUGGCUGGCCGGACGGCUGCUGACCCUGGGUCUGAAUGGAGGGACGGAGCACACUCGCACCCCGGCUGGCUUUCUGAGACGCUGUUCACAAUAUUGAGCCGAGCUAUACUUCGCUGGCCUGGUUCCCACAUCCUCUGCUAUAGAUGCCUGGUGCUGUGUGAAAGGAGAACAUCAGAGUUAGCACCGUAGUGUGAAAAGGGCAGGUCUAAUAGACGUGGGGGGGGUUGGAAACUAGCUUCCGUACUGCAGUCCACUCAUUAAUGCAAGUGCCCCCAAGGGAGGGUCGCAAAUUCUGCAGACGUGUGCACGUCGUACGGCCUCUCCUGACAGGCCACACACUCAACAUGCACUUUAGGUGAUGAGGAUAAUCAAAGCAUUAAAGCACGCAUGCUGUUUUUUUUUGUUGUUGUUUUUUUGGAAGAGAUUCCUUGCUGUGCUCAGUCACUAGCAUUGGACCAUCCAUAAGGGUGAUCGCCAAGGUCAUUCUAGUGGGGAAGUUGUACAUAGGGGCUCUGUUCAAAAGUUGUGCACUAUAUAGGGCCCUGGUCUAAAGUAGUGCACUAUAAUAGGGAAUAGGGCCCU